AAGAGCCAGGGCAGAGUCCACAAACACACACACACACACGGUAUGCGUGUGUAUGAAGAGGGGGGGUGCUUGAGAAACGAAGACCAAGCCAGCAGUUGCUGAGCGGCUGCUUAGUUUGAGAGUGCAAGCUCUUUUCUGUCCGUUCCACUGCUGUCAUCUUGCCGUUGCCUUGCUCUCUCUCUUUCUCUCUCUCGCUCUUUCUUCCGUCGUCUCCUCACGUUUGGAUUCAGUGGGGGAAUAAAGCAGGAGAAGCCGAGGAAGAAGGCAGGCAGGAAGAAGCAGCUCUCUUUCUCUGAUCCUCCUCAUCAGAGCCCCAGCAGACACUGAGGAGCCAAUGGUCAUGGUGAAGGAGAAAGUGGCCCAUCCUCAGGAACCACACCAUCCACCAGGAAAACUGGUUAUACAGUGCUAUAAGUGUGGGGAGCCAUGCAAGGGAGAGGUUCUCCGGGUGCAAUCCAAGCACUUCCAUAUAAAAUGUUUCACAUGCAAAGUGUGCGGUUGUGACCUGGCCCAAGGUGGAUUCUUCAUGAAGAACGGGGAGUAUCUAUGCACACUGGACUACCAGAGGCUUCAUGGCACUCGCUGUAAUGGCUGUGGAGACUUUGUUGAAGGAGAGGUGGUCACUGCUCUCGGGAAGACCUACCACCCCACAUGUUUUGUCUGCACUGUUUGCAAACGGCCGUUUCCCGCUGGUGAUCGAGUCACGUUUAAUGGAAAAGACUGUCUCUGCCAGCGAUGUGUUCAGCCAACUUCCCCAACUCCCAAAGACAUCAGCGCCUCUAGUAACUGUGCAGGAUGUGGCAGGGAUAUAAAGAACGGCCAGGCUCUUCUGGCCUUGGACAGCCAGUGGCACCUCGGCUGCUUCAAGUGCAAGGCCUGUGGGAAAGUGCUGAGCGGGGAGUACAUCAGCAAGGAUGGUUCUCCGUACUGCGAGAAAGACUACCAGAUCCAUUUUGGCGUGCAGUGUGAGGCCUGCCGUCAGUUUAUCACAGGGAAAGUUUUGGAGGCAGGAGAUAAGCACUACCAUCCAAGCUGUGCACGAUGCAGCAGGUGCAAUCAAAUGUUCACGGAGGGAGAGGAGAUGUACCUACAGGGUUCUACAGUAUGGCAUCCAGACUGUAAGAACAACAGUAGAGUGGAAGAGAAGUACAGAGCAGCUUGGCAACAUCCUAAAGGAAAACCCAGUCCGUUUGAUAUCUUUUAUCCCCAGUCUCAGAUUCAGAGCCGGGGCCCAGGUGGCUCUCGAAUGGGCCAGCGUCCCCUGGGCAUUCGUGAGCCCCUCCCACCCUCAGUAACCUCUCUGCACCAAUCAGAAAGGCAGCCCACAAGGUCAUCGUCUGAGAGUAUCUGUUCGAGACCUGGCUCUAGCAUACCUGGAUCUCCAGGUCACACCAUCUAUGCAAAAGUAGACAAUGAGAUUAUUGAUUACAAGGACCUAGCAGCCAUUCCCAGAGUCAAGGCCAUUUAUGACAUAGAGCGCCCAGACAUGAUAUCCUAUGAGUCUCUCCAUUCCACCUCCUCCACCCUGGAAAGACAAGGAAGGCACAGCCCUGGAGAGCCUGUCAGAGCCUCAGGUGGCAGCCCUCCCAGAGGUAGAGCCACAACCCUGCCACAAGACCCCUCCUCACUGUCAGCAGAAACAUCUCCAAGGACACUGUCUCCCACCCCGUCUGCUGAGGGUUGCUAUGACAUGAGGGAGCGCAUUAUUCAGAGAUCCACCAGUCAGGGCUCCAUCGGCUCUCCGGUCUAUCACCGCCAUAACUACAUACCCCCUCUAUCCAAGUCGCCCCAGCACUUCCACAGACCAGGAAUGCUGAAGCUCUGCUCCUCUUUGCGCAACAGCGACACGCGCCCUACCUCCCCCUUCAGACAUCACUUCCUCCCCCAUAACAAAGAUUCUUUCUGCAUAGGCACUGAGCCAUCCAGUGGCCGGAGUUCUCCCCUUUCCUCUCGGCCGGCCACCCCGACCCUCUCUCUGACCCCUAAACAUUUCCACAUCCCAGACCAAGGCAUUAACAUGUAUAGAAAACCACCAAUCUACAAACAGCAUGAUUCAGCUGCCCUGGCAGCCCAAAGCAAGUCCGCUGAUGACAUCAUCAAAUCAUCCAAGUUCCCUGCUGCCCACGCCCCUCGGCCAGACGAAACCGCAAAGAUCGAGACCGACUACUGGCCGUGUCCGCCAUCCCUCGCUGCUUUAGGCUCAGAUGGGAGGAGUCGGUCACGGGACGAAGAAGAGGAAGAGCAACUAAAGCGCAGACAACUUCAGGAAGAACAUCUCAGCAAGAUCCAGUCUGGACUUGGGAAGCUCAUUCUGAAGGAGGAGAUGGAAAAGGAGAUGAACAGAGAGAGAUAUGUACGAAGUGUGGCCGCCCAGCGCUUUGACUCCCAAUACGCUAACUGUACCACAGACUCCCAAACAGUUAAAACAUCAUCUCUGCCUGGAUAUGGACGAAAUGGCCUCCAUCGGCCCCAGUCUACAGAACUCUCUCAGUAUAACAGUUAUGGGGACGUGUGUGGAGGACAAAGAGAUUUCAAGGUAUGUGACUGACAUGCAGUGUUUACUGAGCAUGUGCAUCAGCAGUCAUACACAUAUGGAAGUCAAAUCAUGCUACAUGUAACCGGAAUGGCACUCAUGCCCUCAUUGCUAUGCUUGUGUCUGAGUUUGAGCCAUGGCCAUGGGAAAAGACAAGAGCACAGUCAAGGGUUUGAUACGUUAAAAGUCCAACCACCCCACCCACCCUUAAGAACACGUCACAUGGAUAGUUGAGUUUCCACCUCCCACAAGAGAACUUGAUACAGAGCAAUAGCUGUUAGGAAUCAGAUCUAGACUAUUUCCCAAGGUUCUGAAUUUUUGAAAACAGUUUCUGCUUUCUUUUCUUAUCAUUGGCAUCACGUG